GUAAACCGCAUGCGCUGCGCUGCGUGCUUCUUCCUGUGCUCUGCUCUCUCCCUUUGUUCAAGGCUAACCCGACUCAUCCACAGAGAGGAGGACAAAGCUAACCACAUUAGCAUGUUCAUGUUCCGAUGAAUCACGUUUCAUCAUUUCAAGAUGAACAUGGACUGCUUCUGUCACCGUUUAAUCUAGUGCCUUGGUCAGUGAACCUUCAGUCCUUCCCCUGACCUCUGACCUCUGACCUAUGAUGAUGAACACGGUGAAGUCCAGCGGUCUGCGAAUGCCCGGCCGAGCGCCCAAACACACGGGUUCAGUGGGACGCAGCGCCACAGGGGGCUCAUCCAGUCCUGUGCUCCCCAAGGACAGUGUUCCUCUGAAGCCCCUCACACCUCCCAAGUUCUCAGAGGAGGGAGAUGAUGUUCUGGGGGACUACACAGUGGGUGAGUCGGUGUGGGUGAAUGGAGUCAAAGCUGGCACCAUUGCCUACCUUGGAGAGACCCAGUUUGCUCCAGGUCAGUGGGCAGGGGUCAUCCUCAGUGACCCUGUGGGUAAAAACGAUGGCUCUGUUGGCGGCGUGCGCUACUUUGAAUGCCCGGCUCUCCAGGGCAUCUUCACCCGGCCCUCCAAGCUGACCCGCCAGCCCGCGGCCGAGGGGUCAGACGCCCACGGCCCCGACCCUGCCCAGCCCCAGCACGACACCAGCAGCGCCCCCUCAGGCCAACGCGUGGUGGUGCCGCUCCGAGAGGGGCUCCUCAACAGUGCGGUCAAGACAGGCAACGAAUCGGGCUCCAAUAUGUCCGACAGCGGCUCCGCCAAGAGAGGAGGAGAGAAGGACCUGCGCGUGGGAGAUCGUGUUUUGGUGGGCGGCUCGAAAAUGGGAGUCAUUAGAUACAUGGGUGAGACGGACUUCGCCAAAGGAGAGUGGUGCGGAGUGGAACUGGACGAGCCUCUGGGCAAGAACGAUGGAGCUGUGGCAGGGACCAGGUAUUUCCAGUGUCUUCCAAAGUUUGGCCUGUUUGCUCCAAUCCACAAAGUGAUCCGUAUCGGUUUCCCGUCCACCAGCCCGGCCAAGGUGAAGAAGAGCAAGCGUAUGGCCAUGGGCGUGUCCUCUCUGGCCCACAGCCCCAGCAGCUCCUCCAUCAGCUCUGUCAGCUCUGUGGCCUCGUCUGUGGGGGGGAGACCAAGCAGAGCAGGGCUGCUCACAGAGACCUCAUCCCGAUACGCUCGGAAGAUCUCCGGCACCACAGCCCUCCAGGAGGCUCUAAAGGAGAAGCAGCAGCACAUCGAGCAGCUACUGGCAGAGAGGGACCUGGAGAGGGCCGAGGUCGCCAAGGCAACCAGUCAUAUUUGUGAAGUGGAGAAAGAACUGAGUGCACUGAAAGCCUCACACCUUCAGUAUGUCUCAGACAAUGAAAGGAGCCUGCUGCAGGUCCAAACUCUUCUGGCCACCACACAGAAGGACAAACAGGAACUCAUCAAUCAGCUUGAAGAGGAGAAAAGGAAAGUGGAGGACCUGCAGUUCAGGGUGGAAGAGGAGUGCAUCUUCAAAGGAGACCUGGAGCAAACCACAGUGGAGGAGCAGAGUCGCAUCAUGCAGCUUGAGAAGGAGCUGAGUCUGAAGAAGGCCGAGCUGGAGCGUCUCCAGGCUCAGGUCAGAGGAACCAACCAGGAGUCCAGUGAGCAGGAGGAGCAGAGUGAGCAGGAGGAGCAGGAGCCAGCAGCCAGGACAGACUCAGAGGAGCUGACCAGCCUGCGUGGGCUGGUGGCCAGACAGAACCAGGAACUCAAUGAUCUGAAGCAGCAGAUCCAGCAAGUCAACAAGGAGAACAUGGACAUGAUGGACUCCUGGAAGGCCAAGUUUAAUGCGUUGGUCAUUGACCAUGAGAAGUCUUUUGAGGAGCUGAAAGCCUCUCUGAAAAGUUCUCCCAGUGCUCCAUCAGGGCAGGAGCCAGAUGCCCAGGAGCUGCUGGUGUGUGUGGAGAGCAUGAAGAUGGAGCACCAGCUGGAGAUGGAAAACCUCAAGGCCAAACACAAGAUUGAAGCUGCCAUUCUGAGCAAGGAACGCGACGACUUGUGUCUUCGACUGCAGGAGACCCGGAAGCAGUUGGAGAACAGGACCACAGAGGGAACAGAGGAGGAGCUCACAGGACAAUACACCUUGAAGCAGGUCCUGAGUGACACUCGUGAGCGGCUGCAGAAAGCCGAGCAGCAGCUCCAGGAGGGAGACAGACUACAAGAAGAGCUGCAGGAGGAGAGACAGAGACUACAGGAAGAGAGAGAGAGGAGCGAGGCAACGCUCAGGAGGAGUCUAGAACAGAAGAGCUCUGAGCUGGAGGCCCUGCAGCAGGCACACACCCUCAGUCUGGACACUGUGCACCGCCUGGAGCAGGAGCUAAGGGAGCGGCUGGAGAGUCAGGUCCUUCCUGAGGACUACAACCACAGCAGGGACACAAUCCACAGACUAGAGGAAGAACUGAGAGUGACCACUAACCAGCUCCAGGCCCUGCAAGCCCAACAGCGCACAUCCCAGGAAGCAAACGUGAUAGAGGACCAUGAGACAUCAGAGGAACAGAUGAACCCCAAACACAAUAUUCAAGAAACCACAGAGAAACUGAUGAAAAGAGAGAAGGAGGUUUCUGCUCUCAUCUCACAGGUGGAAGCCCUCAAGUCUCAAGUCACCGCGCUGGAGGGGAAGGUGAGUGCGGGAGAGAGGAAGACAGAGCAGCUGCUGAAAGAAAAGAUGCGCAUGGAGGCGGAGCUGGACUCCAUGAGCAGGAAAUCCCAUGAUGCAUCUGGGCAGCUGGUCAGCAUCAGCCAAGAACUGCUCAAGAAAGAGAGAAGUCUGAACGAGCUACGGGUGCUUUUGCUGGAGACCCACCGGCCGCCCCGGGAGGAGCGUGAUGUGUGCAAAGCUGAGUGGAGGGUCAAAGAGCAGAAGCUACAAGACGACAUCAAGAGUUUGAGAGAGAAGCUGCUGCUGCUGGGUCAGCAGCGCUCCUCACCGGAUCACCGGCGCUAUUCUAUGUUGGAGCCUUCAGCCCUGGACUCGGAGGUGAGCCGUCUCAGACAGAGGCUGCUCUGUACAGAGGACGCCCUGAGGAACGCCCUGGAACACAACCAUAAUGUGGACCUGCUCGUGCAAGCCAUGUGCAGGAAACCAGACAAGACUCAAGUGCAUGAAGCUCAUUCAGCAAACGGAAUCCACUGUGAGCCAAACACAAACAAUGAGCACCUCUGAUAUGGGAGCAGAGGAAAUGGAGAUGAGGUUCAGUCACCAGAAGAGGCAGCCCUUAAACACAUGUGUGCUGGGUUGUCUCUGAUGUAACAGGCGGUUUCUGGAAGUUCUUUUGGACUUCCUGCUGCGUGAACCUCUGCAUGUACAUCAACCCAGAGAGCCAAAAGCAUUUCCUCCUCUUCAUUUGAAGUAACAGUGCGAAAACAUGAAGGGACAGGACUGGUGUGAGCAAAGGGCAAAGGACAAGUUUGUAUGAUUCACUAAUAAGACCUAGAUUCUUUAAAUUGUUUAUUUUAGCUAUGUUUUUACUCCACUGGCAGAAAGUAUAACAUGAAAUAAGAAGCAGUAUUAUGAAACAUAUGGGAAAUGGAACUUGUCAAAUAAUCCCAUCAAUAUUAACAUUAGAAACGUUUCUCCGCUGUUGGACAAAUACAUCUUUUUCUCAUCAUGCAUCAUUUUAACCCAAAAUUGUAACUCAACUUUUAGCGCUAUACAUGACUACUGCACUAUACGGACACACACCAGUCACACACAACAGCACUGUUAAUGUCCACACUCCAUUCAAGUCCAGUAUAUGAUUUAAUAAAGAAGGACAUGGAAGUAACAAGCUUAACUUAAGUCUUAAUUAAUAAUGGUACAAAUACAAGUGGGCAUUCUGCCUGGCCCUUAGACUUUGUAGCACGGCCCUGACAGGAGCACGGCCCUGACAGGAGCACGGCCCUGACAGGAGCACGGCCCUGACAGGAGCACGGCCCUGACAGGAGCACGGCCCUGACAGGAGCACGGCCCUGACAGGAGCACGGCCCUGACAGGAGCACGGCCCUGACAGGAGCACGGCCUGACAGGAGCACGGCCUUGACAGGAGCACGGCCUUGACAGGAGCAGCACACACGACUUUCCAUGCUGUGGCCUUUCUUUGAUUGACUGUGGCCUGGGCUUUCCUGUUUUUUUUGGGUUUUUUUUCUUUUUAAAUUAAUUUAUUUUUUAUUAUUAAUUAUUCUGUUGAAUAUGUUUAGAUUUUUCUUUUUACAUAUGUAAAAAUGAGCCAGCUGAUUUUAAGUUUGUAGGUGAUUUGACCUGAAAGCUCCAGUUUCCUCUGUGCCUUCUCUCCUGCUCAGACUGUACUGUACAUGUGCAGCUCUGGUGCACAGGCCACACCCACUCCAGAGGAGCUCAGAACACUCGCCGAGCACUCCGGCGCUCACCACUGUUUCUGUUAAGAGUCUAUUUAACUGGAGAAGCCUUUUCUCUUCAUACAUGAAUAGUUAUGGUGUGAACACGUGGUGUGACACAUGCAGCUUCAAAUGCUUCAAAACCUUGAGUGUGAGAGUCACACCACAACUAAACCUCUCCCACACUGGAGUCACAUCUGAACCAGUACAGUCUAAGGGAGGUGGACCCAGUGUCUGUGCCAGGAUCUCGUGUCCAACAGGUCAAGUAGCCUGCUCCUGCUCCUCUGACCUUCUGCAGGCUCUGAGGAGCACACCACGCUCUGAUGUUCCUCAUAAGAGCAGGGCAUGAGCACACCUGAACACAGUCCCACUGAUGCAGCUGUGGGUUGUUGUUGGGAUCCAUAGAAACUGUUCAUGGAAAGUACAGAAUCUGGACUGCUCAAGUACUGAAUACCUUAGAUCAUUUACAUAUGGACAGGCUGACAUUGUGAGAUGUGUUUACAAUGCAGUCAUUAACACUUCAUCUGAACUGGUACAUAAACACUGUUUUGAAUGUAUAUUGUAUAUACUGACUGUAGGUUAGAUUUGAGAGGAACUGAGAUUCACUUUCUCUCAGGCUUUCAGCAGGCACAAUUACAGAUUGCAUUUUCAGUCAGAAUUGGAAGUUGUCAGAGCCUUUUUAUGAGAAGCUAAAUGUCCUCAGCUCAUGCUAAUGUUACUGUUACUUUUGUUAUGUUACAGUCUGCACUUGAGUAGAUUAUUAUUGUCUUGUUUGGUCAAUAAUGUAAUAACCAGCCAAUAACGCAUACACAUAUUUAUUUCUCACUCAUCUAUUUCAAACUGAAAUAAUUAGAUUUCAUAACAUGGUUGUAACACAUUGAGGUUUUGGCUUUGCAGAUAGACCUGUCUGUCUUUUCCUCGUGUGCCUGAGUCUGACACACGUGUUGGCGAUGUACAGUCUCAACCAAACUAAGACAAUGAGAGACAAGAAAAUGACUGAUGUACUGUACCCUGACUGACCAGGGUCAGACCAAGGCCAUAUUCAAGUUUAGUGGUUGAAUUGUUGGUCAUGUCACUGGAAGGAUUACUUACUACUACACUACUACUACUAUUACUACUACAGCUAGCAAUGUUUACAGCGGUUCUUUCCAGCUUUCUGCUUUUCUAAUUGCACAUUGACAAUAGGCUUGUAACAACUUGAAACAUGCUUGCCUUUUAUAUUGGAUCACAUAUCUCUAGCCUUUGUAAAAAGAAAAGCAGAUACAAGAACAACCACACCUCCUUACAAACCAUAUGCGAAAAUGUCGGUCUUUACUGUUGUAAUACAUGUUCAACUAAUAGACAAAAGACACUGAAAGCUGAGUAAAUACUCUGUACUACCAUGAAUCAUAUUGACCUAUACGUCCUAUCAGCAUUGAAAUCCCAGUCGAUUGAUUGUUUGGUUUUGAUUGGCUAAUGGGUCCAGUCCAGAGGUGGAUAAAGGACAAAUAGUCAAAUUGAGACUAAUCCCAUUCUAAAGAAACACAAACAUGUUCUGUAUGAAGCCUUUUCACUGUUCGCUUUUACCGGAGCAGAGAUGACACAGGACCUUCAGUAUCACAACAUUUUGAAUGUGAGUCUUCCAGCUCUGUGGUUUAGCUUGCACUCCAUAACAGGUUACAGUAUGGGUCAGUAUGGUCAGUGUUGUCGGUAGACAUGGACAGUGGACAUUUGCUGGUGUUGUCCCAGGGUUUAGCUCCACAGCUCUGCCUCCUGCACUCACACCUCUGUACACGCUGUCUGUCUGUGGUUACUCCAAUCUCUGGAUUAUGACAUGACUGCAAAUCUUAUUAAAUCUGAACAUGAUUAACAUGAA